AUGAUUUCCAGCAAGGCCGUUAUGGCCUUUGAAUGGACUCUUCUGACCAUCGCGUAUAUCUUGGUUGCUGCUCGUGUUUACGUGCGGCUAUGGCUACGCAAUGCGAGGUUAUAUUCGGCUGAUUACUGGCUUUUUGCCGGAUUGGCGGCCUGUCAAGGAUUACUCAUAUGUGAUACUUUGACAUAUGAGAUGAAUGCCAUGGACGACUUUAUGAUGUCCAGCGUAGCUCUCAAAAAGACCCGCUUCAUGACGAAUUACUUCUUCGACUUUGGCAUCUACUUCCCUAAAUUCAGCAUCAUAGCAUUUUACUUUAAUCUCGUUCCCUGUACACACCCAGGAAUGCGAACUCUCCUCUACGCCUUGGCAGCUCUUACAGCAUCUUUCUCGCUCGUCACCUUUUUCGCCGAUACGUUUUGGUGCGGACCGGAUCCUUCGGUGAACUGGCUUGAUACCGAUGAGGAGCAUUGUCAGGCUUUUAUGUCGAUGACGCUCAUGAAAAUUAAUUGGUCUAUGAACUUUACCUCUGAAGUGUUGAAUGUUCUUUAUCCGAUUCCCUUAUUGAAAGAGCUCAAGGUUAAUUCGACACGAAAGAAGAUUGGAUUAGCUGUUGUUUUCAGUCUUGGGCUUGUUACGAUUAUCGUCAGUAUUGGACGAUUCAUCACAACGACCUUUGUCAGCAACGACAUCUCAAUAUACAUCUGGGCAACAGCCGAGAUCUGCAUCUCAGUAAUGGUCGUAGCUAGCACAGCUCUACGACCCCUCCUCCGAAAAAUGUCAAACAUUAGUAUGAUGAGCAGCAAUGACCACCACCACGCGGGCCCCGUAAAGCAACCUGAAGUCAAUGGCGUCGGCACGAUUGGGUCGGGGGCAACCAAGAUUACAAGCGGAGUCAGACAGAUGACAUUACAAGCUGGUGAAAUCCUGGCUGCUGCGGGCGGACACUAA